AUGAGCUCUAUGGGAUACAGAUCGACUACGGUAAAGGGGCUCAAACAAUUGAAGGCGCCCGAGGAAGAUGGAACAGAGCAAGACCUGGAAGACUUCCUGACAAGCUUGACUGACGAAGCAAUCAUCAGGUGGACGGACGGAGGUGAUGUGGGUUUCGUUCUGGAAGAAAACGCGGAGCCCGAGAUAAAGGAGCCUGAUCCAUUGACGGCUGCAGAAGAGGCUGACGCCAGAAAAGUGAAGGCGUACGAUCGGUUGAUGGACAAAUAUGAAGAUCGGAAGGACGCCUAUCGGGCUAACACUGUCGCUAUGUUUCAGCUAAUCAUGAGCAACGUAACUACGACGAUGCGAAACAAGAUCAAGUCGACUGAUGGCCAUCUGGCCGCCAGCAAGAAUAAAGAUCUGGUUUGGCCCAUGAGCACCAUUGACGACAUCGUCUCUGGAUAUGAAGAAGGAAUUGCGCCCGCAGAGCUCGCGCUUGAUGACGCGCUCGAGCAGAUCUUCAAGAUGAGACAAAAGGGAAGCAAAUCAAAUGAAGCUUUCGUGAAGACUAUGCUUCGAGCCAUCAAGGCUUACGAACGCCGUGGAGGCCCAUUUCUGUGGACUCCGGCGAAAGAAAAGGAGCUCAAGUCAGCUGUAGAAUCUGCGAAGAGCAAAUUCACCGCAGCAUCGGCUACAGGAACCGCAGUUAUGACAAAGGAACAAGAAGAUGACGUUCGACGAGUCAAGAAAAAGAUGAUCAAGGAUCGUAGCAUCGCCAUGUCAAUCCUUAAGCGGACUGACAAAGAGCGUUUUGGUGACCUGAUGAAGGAGUUCCGAACGAUGUCGCCCGACGCGGUCGCGGAAAUAACAAUGAUAGCGGACGACAGCCCUCAACAAGAACAGGAGCGAAUAGGAACCCUUCGGUUUCUUUCGCCCAGACAGCUGGUGAAACGGGACAAGUCUGUUUCUUUUGGGGAACCAACGACUCUUUCUACGCCACCAUCACCUGUCGCCUGUGCAAGCACAAGGGACACUACCAGAGCCAUUGUCCCGCUGCCAAGGAUGGAACGGGAGCAAAAUUGGAAGCUACUAUCAGUGAGUGAGUCCACCGAUCACAUUUUCAGCAACCUGCGUUAUUUGACUGGCAAAAAGGCAACCACUGAUGGGGAAAUAUUGAGACUACACACUUCCGGUGGAACUCGCGAUACUACUCAAAAGGGUCAUUUCGGGGGAUUCACCGUGUGGUAUAACCCGAGAUGCUUGGCUAAUAUACUGUCUCUGGCGCUCGUUGCGGAACAAUUUCGUGUGACUCUGGACACUGAGACUGAAAAUGCUUUUAGCGUACACAUUUCGGAGGGGCAUGUCAUGAAAUUCGAAUGCAUUGCUCCUGGUUUGUACGUCUAUGAUGCUACUUCAGUAGAUAUGUCUAAGCUUAACGUAGCUUUCAACUUUUUACAAACCGUAGCAGACAACAAAGCAACUUUUGCUAAAAGGGAUCUUCGUAAGGCCAACCAGGCGGUACUGCUCAACCGAAGGACCAAUCAUAUGGCGGAAGAUAAAUUUGUACGUGUCGUGCAAGACAACUGGAUUCGGAACUGUCCCGUUACAGUAGGCGAUGUGCGGCGGUCCCACUCCAUCUAUGGACCACCACUACCACCAGUAAAGGGCCGGACUCGUUACCAGUCGUCAGCGAGAGUGAAGGAGACCGAUAUCGUCCAGAUCCCAAAGAGCCUGUACGAAGAUCUCAAGAACAUGACACUUUGCGUUGACUUUUAUUAUGUAAACGGCGUCACUGUCUUUCAAUCUAUCUCUCGACGAAUUGACUAUCGAACUGUGUCUUUUCCGAUUAGCAGAACCAAAGGCUCCAUUGUCGAGGAGCUCAAGGACAUUUUCAAACUCUACAAUGCACGGGGUUUCCGAAUCACCGAAAUUCACGCAGACAACGAAUUUGGAAAGGUGGAGAAAGAUGUUUUGCCGGCUCGACUAGUCUGCUGUGAAGUGGACGACCACGUCCCCGAGAUUGAAAGGUCUGUUCAAACCAUGAAAAACGACAGUCGGUCAACAUGCCAUGCGAGCCAUUAUCAAGACUGGAGUUGCUUUUCUCAACGCUUUUGGAUCCGCCGAACGAAGUACGAAUAA